CUGCCUUGUAAGUAGGGCGACCGAGACGGCCAGGGCAGGUGGGAGGGGCCGCUCGUGGAACGCCACUGCCUUCGGAUGAGAAGCUCCGGGGAAGCCUGGCGGCGCCCCCCGCGCUCCCCGCUGGCCCCGGGCAGCCUCCUCCAACGGGGCCUCUCUCCGCAAACCUAGCCCUCCACCGCCACCACCUUGCUGGCUGCUAGGAGAGAAGGAGCUGGGCGUGGGCUCCAGGAAAAGGUGGGCGACGCAGGGAGGGCGGCGCCGACCCAACGGGUGCCCUGCAGGUGGCAGAUCCAGCGGACCCCCAGCAGCUUCUGAGCACGAUCCGGGUGCCGCGUCUCCAAGCCGCCCUUCGCUCCGCCUCCCAUCUCCCGACGGCAGCCUACAACAUGUCCAGAGGCCUGGACUCCGCCGUCCUACCCUCCGCGCCGGGCACCCGGAGGGCCGCCCCCCGAAGCCUCAGCUGCCUCUCGGACCUGGACGGUGGUGUCUCAGCCCCAGAGCCGCGGGCCUGUCGGCCCCCUGGAAGCCCUGGCCGCGCGCCACCACUUGCGCCGGCGCCAUCGGGCUGCGACCCCCGCCUGCGGCCCAUCAUCUUGCGACGGGCACGCUCCCUGCCCAGCUCCCCCGAGCGCCGCCAGAAGGCCGGGGGCACGGCGGGCGCAGCAUGUCGGCCCGGCUGCAGCCGGCAGCUCCGCGUGCGCUUCGCCGACGCGCUGGGCCUGGAGCUGGCGCAGGUCAAGGUGUUCAACGCUGGCGAAGACCCAGCCGUGCCGCUGCACGUGCUGUCGCGCCUCGCCAUCAACUCGGACCUGUGCUGCAGCAGCCAGGACUUGGAGUUCACGAUGCAGUGUCUGGUACCCGACUUCCCGCCACCCAUCGAAUCGGCCGACUUUGGUGAGCGCCUGCAGCGGCAGCUUGUGUGCCUGGAGCGUGUCACCUGCUCCGACCUGGGCAUCACCGGCACGGUGCGCGUGCGCAACGUGGCCUUCGAGAAGCAGGUGGCAGUGCGCUACACCUUCACGGGCUGGCGCAGCACACUCGAGGCGGUGGCGCGGUGGCGCGGGCCUGCGGGCGCCGAGGGCACGGAGGACGUUUUCACCUUCGGCUUCCCGGUGCCGCCCUUUCUGCUGCAGCUCGGCUCGCUCGUGCAAUUCGCCCUGCGCUACCGCGUGGCCGGCGCCGAGUACUGGGACAACAACGACGGUCACAACUACAGCCUCGCCUGUCGCAACCACGCGCUGCACAUGCCGCGCGGGGAGUGUGAGGAGAGCUGGAUCCACUUCAUCUGAGCCCGCGGAGCCUGGAGUCUGGAGCUGCGCACCCAAGCUGCGGUGCUUCCUGGCGCUGGACGCCCACCUCUAGGCCGCUGCGCUCCCAUACCUCUCCCCGUAGGCUGUUUGACCUUUCGUGCUGAACCGGGAGGCCACCAGUCUUCUACUUGAAAUGUGUAUGCUGUUCUAAAAUGUAGCCUGUGGGGCAUGGGGGGGGGUGGGGCAAGGUGUAUAACGUGUUGCUAAGCAUGACAGUCAGGACCCCCCGGGGAGGGCAGCUCUCCCGGCCUCCUGCUCGGAAGGCCUGGCGCAUGUGUGUCCGUUAACGUAGGUGUUACUACCGUGAUGCUGCGACCACUCGCCCGAGGUGAAUGUCUUCUCAGGAAUACUCGGGAUUUGCUAAGGUCUGUUUCUUAAACCUUGUCCCAUUUGUGCUGGUGCCCCUUGUAGUGCGCUGUACGUGCAGUGCCCUCGAGGCAUGCCUGCCCAGGGACAAGAAGAACCCGAGACCCCGUUUGCUUGCCAAUGCCUGUAGCCUUCUAACAGUGGGAAACUAUUAAUAGGCAGGAAAAAUGUGUGUCUCAUCAGUCAGCGCGCAAGCCAGAGGCUGUGAGCCCUGGGAUCGGCACGGCCCGGUCUGCCGCACGGCUGCCACGCAUUUAGCAAUUACGCAUCUGCAUAUUGCCAGGCCACUCUGUGUAGGUCGGAAACUACCCAAACAUUCUCCGAAACACUGCCUUAAGUAGUUGGGGUUUUCACUGCCUACAGGAUUUCAGGCAACACUGUUCUUUGAAAUCACAUUUCUGGUGACCAAAGGGACUCUAGUCCUUAAGCAUCGACAGAUCCUGAUGUUCAGCUUUCGGAAGUCCAGCGAUUGAGUGCAACUAGAAGGUGCUUUCAGCAAUGCCCAGGGCACUGGGGGAAAAACCCAACUGUUCUAUUUUAUGUGGUUUUAAAUCGCAUUUAUGUGUCAGGUUUUAUCAGCUACCUGCCAAGGUAACCCUUUGUGCCUUCACAGAGUUCCUAUCUGGCCUUUCCUGGGGUUAUUUCCAAGUUUUGAAAUAUUAAAUGUUUAAAAAAAAAAAGCCCCUGCAUCCAACAAGCAGGUCAUGUUCCCUGCGGAGUGCCAGGGUCACUCAGCACUCCCAGCAGUGGUCUGUUGUUCUCACGGUGCUCUGACGGCAGGGGCAGGGGCUGGGGCGGGGGCGGGGGCUGGGGCUGGGGCAGGGGCUGGGGCGCAGGUGUUCCAGGGAAAAGCUAGUGGACACUCUCUGGUGUGUGGAGUUUGUAUUUGAAGUCUCUAGAACCAGUGAGAUCAACGUUGUGGCAGCUAACACAGUGAGGUAAGCACAUUUUUAAACAUCUGUUGAAAUGUGUCAAGGCAGUGUUAGAGAUAGAUGUCGGUCUUUAAACUACUAAGUCAAAUGAUUUCCACCUGUAAGUUUUGGAGCUUGGAGACCAGGAAUGGCUUUCUUUAGGAACUUGUGACCUAAUACCGUGUUUUGAUUUACAAUACUGUGGUUCAAUGGCAGAUUGGGAUCACGCACCACAUUGAUAUGCAAGAGAGAGAUGCCCAGUUGCAUUUCCUGUGAACAAACUGUCCCAGUAGGGCAGUACUCCAGCGAGGGCCCUGGCUGCCUUGCACUUGGCCGCAGCCCAGGGUGCAAGCAAUGGCCCCGAGCGUGCAGCUAUGCAUUGUAACUGCCAAUCGUUUCCUGCUUUGAGGCAUGUGGGGGGACGUUAUCACCUGUUGUCACUUGCGGGGCGCUCCGGCCAUGGACACAAGGCAGCUGUCAUACCCUCAAUAAGAACCUCAAGGUGCCUUUAAAGACAUCAACGCCUUGUGAGAUCUGGAAGCGUAACUGCCCUGCCUGCUUGGUGAGGAAGCUGUGGGACGCUGGAGCCUUCAGACCCUGAGACAGUGACGCUGCUCAACUGUGAACAUCCUGUGGUGGAUUGUGCAGUUGCUGGAUUGUCUCGAAGUAUUAAAGUGUGUGUGCACCAGGA